AUGAAAAUCUAUCCAACACUUGUUAUAGAGCCACGCGAGCCCCCUUUACUGACACCAACUCUACGGUUCGGUAAACGCGCUCGCUUCUUCACAUCGCUGGAAAAUGUCUCAGCUGAUGACCCAGAAGAACAGAAACGAGAAGCAUCCGAGCGUUGGAUAGCCCGUCACUUCCGCCGUAAAGGCACAGAACCGCCGCCGCGUACCCAUUAUGAAAUCUGGACUGAUGGCUCCGUCUUCCUCGGAGUAAAAUCUGGAGCAGCAGCAAUGAUAUACAAAGAUGGUGAACUGCUCUGUACCACACAUAGGGGCGCUGAUCCCCUGGCUUGCAGCUACACAGCCGAAUCCGUAGCGCUAUACGAAGGUUUGUUUACGGAGACUCCUCAAAAUAAUUCCCGCAAAUAA